UUUCACGCAAUCGAGAUUGCGCAGCGGCAAUGCACAACGAUGAGGCGGUCUCGAAGCGGUGGAUCGAGAUGGUUCUGUCGGAAAAGAUACAUGGGGACUACCUGUGUGCGUUACAGGAUGGAACGAUCCUGUGCACGCUCGUGAAUCACCUGUACCGAGCAGUGGGCAAGCACAUCCGUGUUCCGAUCGAGACACAUCAUUCCUCGCCCAACACGUUGUUCAGCACCAGCUGCAGGCGGCAGAACGUCCGCACGUUUAUCGAGUCGUGUCGUUACUUUGGGGUUCCUGACGAUGCCAUAUUUCGACCCAACGAUUUGCUCAAGGCAUCCAACCCCGCACGAGUGUACUCGUGCAUAUUGGCACUUCAAGCAGAGUCGCUGCGGAUGGCUCGGCAGAGAACUCCACACGAAAGAGCUUCCAUGGGGACCUUUGCAGCGUCAUCGUCAAGGGACUUUACGGAGACCAUGUCACGGGUGGAUGACGCGUCGUCCCAUCUUCAUCCUGCCUCGACAUGGGGAGACACGUCGAUGUUCACCGUCGAAUCGUCCAGCAUCUUGGCAUGGACUGUCUUGCUCGAACUCUUUGAAACCCAGCAAAACGAAAUGUACCUAAGCGCGUCGCAUGAUGGGACUCCUGUUCAUACCGACGACAAGCUGUCGUACGAGCUCUGGCGCACGGAAGAGAGGGUGCGGAUGCUGGUGCUCGAGGAAGCAUCAUGUCGGUACUUGACGCCACAAAUGCACGGCAAGCUGUGGAUGUUGCUAUCUGGGGCCAACACAGAGAUGGGACUGCAAAAAGGCCACUACACCUCGCUCGUGAACCACAGCUCGGUCAAUGCUGAGUCUGUCCGUCAAAUCGAAGCCGACUUGACCCGCACGGUAUCCCCAGAGGACCCCGAGUGGACCCCGGACCGCAUAGAAAAGCUUCGACGGGUCCUGGUCGCGUAUGCCGUCCACAACCCCAAGCUCGGGUACUGCCAAGGACUAAACUAUGUCGUCGCGCGACUGCUCCAGUGCCUCGACAACGACGAGUGUGUAUUCUGGCUGCUUGAACGUAUGAUCGCGUUCCUCCCAGACGAUUACUACACGACGAUGCUGGGCUUGGCGAUUGACCAACACGUGUUUGCCGAGCUCGUGGCACUGCAGUCACCAGAGAUUGUUCAGCACAUUGAGCAACUCGGCGGGUUUGGUGCCGAGCUCUCGUUGGCAUGCACGGAGUGGUUUUGCACGCUAUUUGGGAGUCCGUGUCGAAAAGACAUUACACUUCGCGUGUGGGAUCAUUUUUUCAUCAACGGGAAUGAGGCGUUGUUCCGCACUGCAUUGGCCUUUACCCAACUCGAAUACCCGCACAUCAUGUCGUGCCAAACCUACGGCGACCUUCUCGUGUGUCUCAACCAGAUCGGCCGAGAUGCGCUCCUGGACUCCAAGUUGCUGCUACAUAUUGCCAAUGGCCAAGAAAUCGUCACGUCGUCUCGGAUUGACGACCUGCGAGCGUACCAUCGGUUGGAGUUGGCAUCGGGCAUUGCGCUCUCGAACGACCGGUGCCAGUCAACGCCAACGGGCGUCGCGGACGAUGGUCCGCCGCUGUCGAAUGAAUCUGCAACGACCAAAAAGCGAAAACACCCCCUGUCGAAUCGAAAAAUCACGUCCAGGACCAUUCCGCGCCACCUGUCCCACGAAGCGAUUGAAACCAAGAUCGACGAGUCUGCAGUGGCCAAGUACUUUACGACUGCGCCGCAGAUACUGGACAAUUACUUGGGAGAAGCCGAACCGGGUCCGACGUCGUGGCAAGUGGAUCAGUUCAAGCUCAUCACGAGUCCUAGUGAUGCGUCGCAACAGGCUCGUCCUCGGCAGUUUUCCGACACAUCGUAUCGGCACACGUUCUCGGACAGGACGUCGUCGUUCCGAGAGGCCCGCAGCAAGAGCACCACGGACGGCCUGCGCGUGCACCGCGCGUCCAUAUCGAACCCGCCACUCGCAGCGUCGUCGGAUGACUCGAUACGGCCGCACUUUUCCAACAACAUCUUCAAGAAAAUCGAAGCAUGGACCAACAAAACGCUGAAAAAAGACAGGCGACACAGCACACUCAACUUUGAAUUCCUCGGGGCUGCGAUGGUUGGCCAAGCCAGCUUUUUCAGCGGUCCGCGGACGCCCACGCCGGAGCCAGUCAUCGACGGGGGUAUGUUUCCCCCGUCAUCGCGAGGGUCUGUCGUGGAAUCGGCGAGGUCGUCGCAACUGUACGGUCAUGUGGCAACCCCGGACAUGACAAUCGAGCCAUCACUUCAGUCCGCAAGGGCGCCACCUCCGGCACCAAUUGCUUCCCUGCCACCAUCCCCCACCUUUGCGGAGGUCUCGUUCUCAACUGCAGGAUCACCCACCCCUUCAACACAAUUUCAUCCUAUUCCCGUGCCACCUCCGAUAUCUGAAGGGUUGGUCAAGCGCAUUGUCAAUUCGCACUCGACUCCGUCACUCGUGUCACUGGAAAAGUCCUAUCACGACGACAGCUGCGACAGCUUCGACGGCGGGAGCUUGGACGAUGCAGACUUGUCCUCGUCUUCGAUUGAAUCGUCCAGUGGGAUGCGGUAUCGUUUCCGCAGCUCGCCUUCGUCAUCGUCUACCACGACCAUCGUCCGACCACCCCGGCAUCAACGCGACGGUAAAAAGCCUCCCACCACAGCACUCAUGACCAUCCCGGACGACUUGGCCCCUCCCGACAUGAGGCGGCACACGUCGAUGCCAUCCCGCAGUCGAUCCAAGCAGGUCGGACGAUCCACGACAAGCAUCUCCCAACUCAACACAGAAAACGCGCGACUACUUCGCGAACGGGCCCACGUUGUGUCGUAUCUGCAGCGCAAAGCCAGCGAUGUGAGCAGUUUGAACAGCCCCGUCGACUCAGACGAGUAUCGAGGCAGCCUCAGUAGCGACGAAGGAACACGGCGGGCCCACCGCGCAACCAACCGCACCAACUCGUUUUCGUUCCUCGGGAGUUUGUCCGUCGACUUGGAGCGCAGCCUGCUGCUGGAAGACAAGGAGUAGGAAACACGUUUGUGUGUCUGUCGCCCCCUGGCGCAUUGCCAAUUUGUUUGUAGUGGACCAAAAUUCGCACAUGUGGCGGCAACGGAUACCCUGUUGUGGUCAAGUGGGUGUGGCAUCACUGUCGUUCUGUCCAUCGCUCAGACCAUUGAUCGAACGCUUGGGUUGAAGGCGCAUCCUCACCAAACACCAGGAUCGCAUCAAGCGGAACGUAGAAAGCUGCACUGUAUCAGACAUUUUUCCGAUCGCCGCAGCUGUGAAAUAACAGCACGACCCCUGUCGUGCCUUGGUUGAAUUCACAAUGCCAGAACGAUUUCAGCCCA